UAGAAGCUCAAGGGCCACGUUGAAGAUAAUUUUAAGCCUAGCCGCUGCAUAAAGUUCAUUUCUUGCCCACUUGUGGCUCAAAGUUGCUGUACUAUAGCAAUGGAAUGGUCAUAGGGGCACUAGUUUGAAGUUUGAGCUCGUGUCAAUCUCCAACAGUGAGAACUUUCUGCUGUUGAUUGGUUCUCUGCGUCAAUGGAGGUCUUUGAGCAGCCAACAGGGAGUACUGGAGCCGAUAGUUCAACGAGUAACAGGACGCCCUUGAACAAGUGGAUGGCCUUUGAAACAGGAAAGUCUUCAAACCUCCAAGCAGCAGCAGCUUCUGAUGAAAUUCCCCCGGAAACGGCUGAAAGACAUGGACUUGUAGAGCACCAAAGCAACCAGCUGAAGUCAUCCUCGGAUAGGUAUAGGUUCGCUGCCGAAUCAAGAACAUCAGAGGAAUCCGAAGCAGGUGGGGUGUUCCCAAGGGUAUCACAGGAGUUGAAAUCUGCCUUGGCAACGCUGCAACAAACUUUCGUUGUCUCCGACGCCACAAAACCAGACUGUCCCAUAAUGUACGCCAGCAGUGGAUUCUUUAGCAUGACUGGUUAUUCAUCCAAGGAAGUCAUUGGGAGGAAUUGUCGGUUUCUUCAGGGCCCAGAAACAGAUGAGAAUGAGGUGGAAAAAAUAAGAGACGCUGUGAGGAAUCGAAGCAGCUACUGUGGCAGGCUCUUGAACUACAAGAAGGACGGCACUCCUUUUUGGAAUCUCCUUACUGUCACUCCUAUCAAAGAUGGCUCUGGCAAUGUCAUCAAAUUUAUUGGAAUGCAGGUUGAGGUUAGCAAAUAUACAGAAGGGGUAAAUGACAAGGCACUACGCCCAAAUGGACUGCAUAAGUCCUUAAUUCGUUAUGAUGCUCGACAGAGGGAGAAGGCUUUAGGAUCCAUCACUGAGGUUGUCCAAACAGUGAAACAUCCAAGAUCUCACAUUUUGGCUACAAGUCACUACUCUUCUGGCAAGCAAGAAGAGCAAGAGAAAUUCGGCCUUGAUUAUAUUCUUCCUAAAUCUGUCGAGCUUGAGAACGUGAACAAUCUUGGUAGCCAAACACCUCAAUCGGAUUACAGAACAAGGUCUUCCCUGGAAUCUGGAAAGAAAUCUAGAAUAUCAGGUCGCAUUUCCUUGAUGGGGUUUAAAAGGAGGUCUUUAACCACUGCAGGAAAGAAUGAGCAGCAACCAAGUUUUGAACCAGAACCAGAGGUGUUGAUGACCAAGGAAUUAGAACGCACUGACAGUUGGGAUCGUGCUGAGAGAGAGAGGGACAUACGCCAAGGCAUUGAUCUAGCGACAACACUGGAGCGCAUUGAAAAAAACUUUGUGAUCACAGAUCCUAGACUUCCUGAUAACCCUAUUAUAUUUGCAUCUGAUAGCUUUCUGGAGUUGACAGGAUAUACCCGUGAAGAAAUUUUGGGAAGAAACUGCCGAUUUCUUCAAGGACCUGAAACAGAUCAAGCAACUGUCUCAAAGAUUAGAGAUGCUAUAAGAGAACAAAGGGAAAUCACUGUUCAAUUGAUCAAUUAUACUAAGUGCGGAAAAAAAUUCUGGAACCUAUUCCACUUGCAGCCUAUGCGUGACCAAAAGAGCGAGCUACAAUACUUCAUUGGUGUUCAACUAGACGGAAGUGAUCAUGUGGAACCCCUGCGCAAUCGCCUUUCAGAGAGAACAGAGCUACAAAGUGCAAAGCUGGUUAAAGCUACUGCAGAAAAUGUUGAUGAAGCUGUUCGGGAACUUCCUGAUGCCAACUUGAGGCCAGAGGAUUUGUGGGCAAUUCAUUCUCAACCCGUCGUUCCCCUGCCUCACAAAAGGGAUAGUUCUUCUUGGAUGGCUAUACAAAAGAUCACUUCACAAGGAGAAAAAAUGGGCUUGCAACAUUUUGUUCCUGUAAAACCUCUAGGGUGUGGUGAUACUGGCAGUGUUCAUUUGGUGGAACUAAAAGGUUCCGGUGAACUGUACGCUAUGAAGGCAAUGGAAAAGUCUAUGAUGUUAAAUCGCAACAAGGUUCACCGAGCAUGCGUUGAAAGGGAAAUCAUUUCAUUAUUGGAUCAUCCAUUUCUUCCCACACUAUACACGUCCUUUCAGACUUCUACGCAUGUUUGUUUGAUAACAGACUUCUAUGCUGGGGGAGAGUUAUUUUCCUUGCUUGACAAGCAGCCCAUGAAGUCUCUUAAGGAGGAAUCUGCGAGGUUCUAUGCAGCAGAGGUUGUCAUCGGAUUGGAGUAUCUUCAUUGCUUAGGAAUAAUUUAUCGGGACCUGAAGCCUGAAAAUAUUUUACUCCAAAAGGAUGGGCACAUUGUUUUAACAGACUUUGAUCUAUCGCUUAUGGCAUCAUGUAAACCCCAAAUUAUACAACCUCCGGCUAAUAAUCGGAGAAGAUCUAGAAGCCAGCCGCCGCCAAUAUUUGUUGCAGAACCGUCAAGCCAGUCAAAUUCUUUUGUCGGAACUGAAGAGUACAUUGCUCCUGAAAUUAUAACUGGUACUGGCCACAGUAGCGCUAUUGACUGGUGGGCUCUUGGUAUUUUAUUGUAUGAGAUGCUCUAUGGUCGUACACCUUUUAGGGGAAAGAAUAGGCAGAAAACAUUUGCCAACAUCUUGCACAAAGAUCUUACCUUUCCAAGCAGCAUUCCGGUUAGUCUUGCAGCAAGGCAGUUGAUGAAUGCAUUGCUGAACAGAGACCCUGGCAGCCGUUUAGGAUCAAAAAGUGGUGCCAGUGAGAUCAAGCAACACCCCUUUUUCCGUGGAAUCAAUUGGCCUCUGAUACGCUGCAUGAGCCCACCAACAUUAGAUGUCCCACUUCAGUUGGUUGGAAAAGAUCCAAAAGCCAAGAAUGCACAAUGGGAUGAUGAUGGAGUGCUUGUUAGUCCCAUGGAUAUGGAUAUUUUCUGAAGAUUUCGAGAACUCAAGUAAGAAUCCCGCUAAUGGCUCCUUACUGCAUCUUAUGCUCUCGGUAUAAACCAUUCACGCGUGGUCUGUAAAUAAACUGUGCACAAUUUGAACCAACGACCCUAUGAUCUCCACAUUUUUUUGGAGGAUGGCACAAAGGAGACUCGAAAGUCGGGAUUCUUGGGAAGAACAGGUGAUUAGCAGACAUUAUGUCCGCUAUAGACACGGUGGACGUUUUCCAGACUCAAUGGGAGAGGAGUGGGUUGUAUCAGUUGCAAACUAGGUGAUAAGGACUUGUUCACAUCGAACUUACAGCUGGGAGCAUGUAUUAGUUAAGAACGGUGAGAUUUUAAUAUGGGGACUGUCAUGUUAGAUUUCGUAGUUCAUA